CGCGUCAGGCUCGUACAUAUAUCCAGGUUCUCAGGGCGGGAGUCUAGUGUAUCUUGCGGCGCACUUGACGCAAGUUGUGUUCAGUGCGCUCACAGAUUGCGCUAUCAGGUUGCGUCCACAAAUUGCGCUCGCAGACUGCUCUUCCUGGCAACGACUGCAAGUUGCGCUCCAAGGACUGAGCUGCGACGGUGAUUUUCUUAAAGCUGCGCAUCGAGACUUUACAUGAGGUCCGUUCGUGUACGUGGCAGGGGUCUGAAGUGUACGUACCGGUGAUCUGAUCGUGUUAAAGUAAUUGGAAGGACGGGGACUUGACCACACAAGAUGCGUGCCUGGAGACUCAUUGCUCGCGCGUCGCCCGCGGGAGGUGGCAUCGUACCUCCGAGGUCGAGAGCCCUAGACCUGCACCUCAGAGGUGUGUCACAGUACCAGCCAGCCGAGCGUCACCCUCACAACACCAAAUAUCCGCCCUCGACCUACCUAGGAGACCCCGCCCACUCCCCGUAUGUUGCUGCCCCAGGUGCCAACUCCUCUUAUGCCACGCCGUACCUCGAGGCGUAUAACCUCAUGGAGGAGAAUGCUGACGUGAUCUUCGAGUCGGAAGUCAUGAUGAGUGAGAGGAUGUACAACAGUGAGGCAAUACCCAGUGACGUGCACCAGCCCCGCCCCGCCUCCCAGCUGCCCGGCCCUCGCUCCUGGCCCAUGGUGGGCUGUCUGCCUUACAUGUUGACACACAAGGCCUUCGACCCUCAGCGUGUGUACCUCUUCUGGGAAGCCGUCAGACAAGAGUUCGGUCCUAUCUUCAGGAAGGACAUGCCUGGUCACCCUUACCUGGUAUUCAUCACACAGCCGGAGGAUCUAGAGACUCUGAUGCGUUCUACCAUGUACAACCCCCUCAGACCCGGCAUGGCCUCCCUUAAGAGAAUCAGAAGUGACGGAGGCGCUGACGGCGAUGACCACGUCCACGACCAUUUUUUCCAGGGCAAGGCGGGGAUACUGGCUGAGCAGGGGCAGGAGUGGUGGCGCGUGAGGCGGUGUGUACAACGGCCCGUGACCAACCCCCAGAUCGUCCACCGCUACCUGCCUCAGAUGGACGACGUCGCCAAGCAGUUCGUCGACAGGAUUCGACGAAUGAGAGACGACAACGACGAGGUUCCAGAGAGCUUCAACAGCGAGCUGUACAAGUGGGCGCUAGAGUCUCUGGGCACCAUCGCGCUGGACCGUCGUCUGGGCUGUCUGGAGGAGGACGUGUCGCCUUCGUCGCGGCCGAUGCGCCUCAUACAGCUGGCCAAACAGUUGCUGGGGGCGCUGCAUGAGACAGAGAACGUCAAGCUGUGGCAGUAUUUCCCCACCGCCUCCAUCAGGAGACUCCAGGAGGCACACCAGGUCUUUACGGACGUGGCUCUGGGGGCCAUCCGCGACACAGAGAGGCUACUGGCCUGCCGCCCCAUUCGAGGCCACACCUUAAGUAAUACACAUGCGCAUCCCUUCGCCAGCUCUUGCCCUUUCCACCAGAAUCUUCAGCCUUCAGAGAUCGCCUCCAGUGGGACAGAGGCACCAAGCUUACUGGAAACACUAUUGGCGACACCAGGACUCUCCAGGGAGGACGUCCUCACCUUCCUCAUCGACAUGAUCGCUACGGGCAUCGACACGACAAGUCACGCGGUGGGCAACAUGCUGUACCUGUUGGCGAGGAACCCACGGGCACAGCGAGAGGUGCAGCGGGAGAUAGACCAGGUGGUGGGCAGCCCUGACCGCCUCACACCUGAUCACCUCAGCGGCCUCACCUACACUAAGGCUGUCUUCAGGGAGACCCUCAGGAUGAUGCCAGUCAACGUAGGAAUAGUGAGAAGACUAAACCGUGACACUGUGCUUGGCGGAUACCUCGUGCCUAAAGGGUGGGAGGUGGUAGCGCCGACGAUGCUGAUGAACCACCAGGAGAGUGUGUUCCCUCGCGCCCACGAGUUCUUGCCGGAGAGGUUCCUGAGGGGCUCCCACCUCGCCCCCCGACACAACUUCGCCUUCCUACCAUUCUCCUACGGCCCCAGGAUGUGUAUAGGACGUAGGAUAGCAUACCAGGAGAUCUUCUCUCUUAUUGUCAGAGUGUUGAGCGUCAUGGAAGUGGACUACAAGUACGAGGAUGUUCACUUAGUCAACAAGCUCAGCUACGGCCCCUCCUCCUCCCUCAGGUUCACCUUCACCGACAGAAGAUGAGACGCUGAAGCUCCUCCAUCACCUACAGUAGUGAUUGUUCAAGUAUCGAAGCUUUGUGUUCAUUACCCGUAGAGUUUUUAAAGCACCAUAGUACCUUAUUUGCCUAUAGCAAUAUUUCUAAAGCACUGAAGCACCACAUUCAUUCACAGUAGUGUUAUCUGAAGCACUGAAGUACCAUAUUCAUCUACAGUUGCGGUUUCUGAAGCAACGAAACGUCACCUUCACCUGCAUUAGCAUUAUUUGAAGCAACCAAGCACUAUACUCACCUACAGUAGUGUUUUGAAACCACCGAAAUAGUGGUGUUUUUGCAGCACCCAAAAACCUUCUUCACUUACAUUUUAGCCAUACUUUUUUGACGCUUUGCCCAAAGUGUUUACCUACCGUAAUGUUUUAUUCUGAUCACUGAAGCACCGUGUUGAGGCUAGAGUACACUGUUUCUGAACCAUCACAUAACCUUGUUCACUUGUACGAGUGUUUAUCGGACCAUAACAAUGCCAAAUUAAUUUACAGAAGUGUUAUCAAAACAUUGAAACACCGACAGUGGUAAUAACCCAUUGCAAUAGAUACAGUACUAUUUCUUAAACACUACUACAAGUACAUUAGUGAUUCUAGUACCCCAAAGCACCGUUUAUUACCUCCUGAAAUAUUUCUUCUUGUGAUAAAAACUACAGAAGCUACAAGAGGAGAGAGACUACAAAUUAAACAGUGCAUCUAUAAAAAUGGAAUUCAUGACUCCUGUGUAUUGUUUGCUGUAUGAUGACAUUGACUUUGAACUACAUGGCAUAUAAUUAAGAGAGCUGCUGAAAAGGAAAAUAGAGUUUGACAACCUUUUAUUCUGAUGAGUUGAGACGGCAUGUGUAGUACAGUAGUAGUAGCCGUGUGUGUGUGUGUAAUGGUAGGUCUAUAGAAAUCUGUGUAGUGGCUCUAUGGUUGUGGACAUAAUCAUAUAUUAUAAUAGUCAUGUACAGUCGUCAUUCUUGUUUAUCAUAGUGAACAAAUUACACACGCUAAAGCUAAGUAGGUUAGGAGAGCAUCUGUCUGUCUCUUUGUAUAUACUGUAUAUUUUUUUAUACUAUUGAGGUUUGACUUUAUUGCUUAUACGAAGAUGUGGGAAACGGCUGAACCAAUGUCCUUUUUAUGAUACUUUAUUAAUAAGUUGACUGUAUAUUAGAAUUUUGGUAUAAUAUAAGAAUUUUUAAAUUAUUCUAUGCAUCUAUGAGUAUAUUAUAUGUGGCUGUGUCUUUAUAACAUGUCAGAACUGUCUAGUCUAUAACCGGGCUGAAUGCUUACUUGUAUAUUUUGCACAAUGUUCAAGAAUCAUAAAGUUAUCUUCGUAUAUUAUUGAAAUACUUUGAUAAAAUGUAAACAAGUAUAUUUUGUAUGUUCAUAUAAAUAAAUAGUUUUGGUUUU